CUCGGGUGCACACGCGUUCAUUAAAAGCUUCUACGGGUUGCCAGUAUAUUAGCAGCAUCAUUGUGAACGUGAAGUGACCAACUGAUUGAAAGAAAACAUCUUAUUAACGUCUUGACAAAAUCGACCCACAAUCAACGUAAAAUUUGUUUGAUCAGGAUGAGACGAGAACGUUUUAAAUUGUUACUGAAAGAGAAUCUUCUAACGUUACUCACCAUCAUUGGCGUAAUUGUAGGAAUUAUCCUUGGCAUUGGGCUGCGAAGAGUUCCUGCCGAAGGGGAAAAAUGGUCUCCACGAGAUGUCGCCUAUAUUAACUUCAUUGGAGACAUUUUUCUACGAAUGCUUAAAGCAUUGAUUCUUCCACUAAUUAUAACGUCAUUAAUAUCUGCUGUUGGUUCGCUGGAUCUAUCGUUAUCCGGAAAAAUUGGUGGCAGAGCAGUUCUUUAUUAUAUUGUAACGACAAUCAUGGCAGUAAUUUUGGGAAUUAUUUUGGUAACCACAAUCCAGCCAGGCAAAGGAGCAGAAGCUUCCAGCGGAGAAGUAACGGGAGAAUCGAGAAAUGUUACCACAGCAGACACGUUGCUCGAUUUGAUACGAAAUAUGUUUCCACCGAAUCUUGUACAAGCAUGUCUACAACAGUUCCAAACGAUUCUAAUUCCACCGAAAAGCAAUCCCAAUGAACUUGACCUCAAUUUAUGGUCUGUUAGUGGAAAAUAUUCUGACGGAAUGAAUAUCAUCGGGUUGGUAGUUGCAGCGAUUGUUUUCGGAAUAGCAUUGAGUUCGUUGAAAGAGGAAGUACAAAUAGUACUAAGAUUUUUUCAACAGUUAUCGCAUACUGUAAUGAAAAUCACUGGAUGGGUUAUCUGGUUAUCACCAAUUGGAGUGCUUUUUCUAAUAACAGCCAAACUUCUCGAAAUGGAUGAUCUUGGCGUGGUUUUUGGGAAAUUAGGACUAUAUUUUGCCGUCACCGCAGGAGGUAUAUUAUUCCACGGAUUUGUAAUAUUACCAACAAUACUAUUUGUUUUUACCCGGAAAAAUCCUGCGCGAUUUAUUGCCAAUAUGGGUCAGGCUAUUGCAACGGCCUUUGGAACAUCAUCCAGUUCGGCUACGCUGCCUGUUACAAUGCAGUGUUUGGAAGAAAAGAAUCAUGUCGACCCUCGAGUUUCUCGAUUUGUUUUGCCAAUAGGAGCAACAAUCAAUAUGGAUGGUACAGCACUUUAUGAAGCAGUGGCAGCCAUUUUCAUUGCACAACUGAGAGGUCUUUCGCUAUCAUUUGGUAACAUCGUUGCUAUUAGCAUUACAGCGACUGCAGCUAGCAUAGGUGCUGCCGGUAUUCCACAAGCAGGUCUUGUUACUCUGGUUAUGGUGUUGGAUACUGUUGGACUACCAGCAGAGGAUGUGUCUCUUAUUAUCGCUGUUGACUGGUUAUUGGAUCGUUUCCGCACGGUGGUAAAUGUACUUGGUGAUAGCUUUGGUGCAGCAAUUGUAGCACACUACAGUCAGAAGGAGCUAGCUGCUAUCCCAACCAGUGAAGAGAAUCGAAAAGUUUUGCGAAAUUCAGUAGCGAACAGUGCAGAAACUGUUCUAUUUGAAGAAAGGCUAUAAAGUUGAAGGGCAGGGAGAGUAUUAAAGAGAGAUGUAUAAAAAUAGAUUUUCUCGUAACUAAAGAUGUACUUUAACUGAAAUGUUAUUUAAUAUAUUUCUAAUGAAAGUAGAUAAUUAAAUGGUAUUUUUACAGUUUUUGAACACAAAUUCUCAUAACUUCAUGUUUUUACAGAAUC